UUUUUUUACAAACUUUCAGAAUGUUCUAAUUUGAGAAGAUACAAGAUAUUGAGAAAAAUGUGAAUCAUAACACCAUGGAUUCUUUUGGCUGUAAAUGUUUACCUACAAAGAACAUAAACUUGUAAGAAAAGUGACUCCAACUGGAUUUUAUACUCUUAACGUUUCUGAAGGCCAUAUAUUACGUCUUUAGUCUUCCUUUUAAUGCAUGACAUUCUGCUUGUCAUGUAGAAUCUUUCAGCUCAGUGAUGACCUUUUCAUUGCCAGUCUUGUGUGGGUAUAAGUGUUGUUGAUGCGCAACAACCCACACUUGCACAUUUUCUGGUUUGAAAUAUGUCACCCUUCCCUGUUUCUCUGGCAUAUUUGUCAGUCCUUCCAUACUGGUUGUAGGUGCCCAUACAUCUUUCCAGCUUGCUCUUUCAUAGUGUAUCUCUUGAGGAUUCUCUAAUCUGCAGUGUCCAUGGUGACCUUUCUUUCCUUUUUUAUGGUCAAAGCCCAUUAUAUUCUCAAGUAUAUAAUGUGCCUUUUUGGAAUCCAUUUUGAAUGUUUCUCUUCUUUUGAAACAUCCUUUCAGAACAAACAUUUCCAUUGACUUCUUGAGAGUUCAGCUUUUAUAGUGCGUGUUUCGGUUUGAGGUCCAUGUACCGUGCUUGAUCUGCCAUGAAAUUGGAACUAGCUUCUCACUGAGCUACACACAGAUGAGUUAGCACUUAUGUACCAAUAUGCCUCAUUCAAGUCAUCACGAGGAGCCCUGAUGAAGACUCUUCCAAGGAUUGAAGUUUGUGGAGAUCAGCGAAGCAACAACAAGAUAGAUGCAUGAUAACAAUCCAAGUAUUUUAUGCGAAUAAUAAAACCAAAAGCCCACUUUGUCAAACUUUAACAAGAUUGUCUGUACAAGUUGAAUAUGGAUUGUAUGAAAGUCAGCUGUAACAUGACAGGGAUCUGUUUCUCUAUUUCCUGGAAGUGCUUUUCAGCUUAUUAUUUUAUUAGCUAAAACAUGAGUGUUUCAGAGGACUGUCUGUUCCGCCAAUGCCACCCUUUUCCUGCCACACAAUGAUUACAGCAGCUGGAAAUACUGAAAUUAAUCAUCCACAAGUGAUCCUUCAUUGAAUGCAAGCUUAACAAAGAUAAAGCAGCUGAUGAAUAAGCGUUGCGUGCUUUUCAAAGCCUUUUUACCUGGUGUCUUUUUUUGUAGACAUCAAAGUGUGUGUAUGUAUAUAUAUAUAUGUAUGUGUGUGUGUGUGGUUUUGUUUCAGCAUUGCAUGUUUUUUUUUUUUUGUCAUUUUAAAGGAUUAUUGAAUAACAUUGCUCACAAGUUCAUGUUUGUCAGGGACAGGUAUCCUUCACCACUACAUUCUAUUUGCUUAUUGCUGACUGACUUCUUGUGCCUGUUUUCUCGGCUACAUCUCCAUAAUCCCCUACAGAAUGAGGAAGAUCUAAUUGCUCUCGGUAAAGUGAAGAGAAGCCGCCCUUUACCGGUAUGGAGCAGCUUAACUGAAUAUUUGGACUACCUGCAGCUGGAUGAGCCAAUUAUUGGUCUUAAGCACCUGGUGAGGGUAGACAGCGAUGGCCCAGAUCUAAAAUACCUCUGCCGUCUGUGCUUUGCUGAGGGUGACUUGCCGAGCAUCACCUUUCACGUGCUGGGUCGCAGGCACCGGCAGAAAUACCUAAUGACCGAUCGGCCUGACUUGGUGACAUGGGACGUGAACAGCAGGUCUCAGUCAGGGAAGUUGGUGCGGGCCAAGGCUGAGGUGGUAGAGCGGCAAGAUGGCCGUGGAAUACCAGAGGAAAGAAAGGAAAGAGCAAGGGUUGUGAACCGACAGCCCAGUUCUGUGAAAGCUCCCCCAAAGGAAGCCUCUGCUCUCUCCAAAAGGCAAAUCUCUUACAUACAAAACCUACCAAAGCUUCUCGAGAUCGAGCCAACGGGGACAUUUGGGCAAUGGGAGAUGGAAAAAGAGAUUAAUCCCUUCAAAACAUAUCACAAAGGACUUUCAAAUCGUGGGCAGGAGUACAUAAAGGAAGAUGAUUAUGGAAGGAGUUAUCAGAAAGAAGACCACGAUGGACAUUUUAGGCCGAGUAAUUCGGACAGAGCUUCUCACAGACCACGUGGACCCGGACCACAACUUUUUGGACCCAGCUACAAAGAGAAAUACCCAUUAAAACAAAACUACAGGGAAGAAGAGUCUUAUGAUCAUAGGCUACCACACAAAAUGCUGGCGUCCCUUAAGGAAGAGUGGUGUUCUCGUAACACUGAAACAGACAGAAGUAGACAAACGCACCUGGAGCAGCAGGAAGACAGGCAGAGGAAGGAGAAAGAGUACAAACUGCUACAACUUUUGCGCAGUCAGAUUCAGAAGCUUCCACAGGAUGAUUUUUCUCCAGGUGAUGCUCACAAUGAUGGAGAGAGGAUAGACUUUCCAAGAGAUUCUCAUCAUGAGCUUGGUUAUGGCAAAGAGAGCAGGACACCACCAUUUGAGUGGAAGGAAGGGAGAAAUUAUGUGUAUGGUAGGGACACUAGGAGAAGGCCACAGUAUGACCGACAACAGCAAGGCAGGGGUGAAAGGUCUCGGUACAGCAGAGAUAUUUUCAGUGGAGAUGAUGCUGGACCUUCUAGGGAGCCUAAUGACCAUCCAAGGAAAAGGAUGAGACUGGAUUCCUUUCCACAGCAUCAGGUGAAGGACUUAAGUGAGACCACAAAGCCAGCUACUAAAUCCAGCAAUGUCUUAGAUAUAUUGAAAUCUGUUGAAAUUGAGAGUGUGGAGGAAGCCAACUUCAUCAAAGCAAGAUUGUGUAGCCUUCUGGAGGAGUUUCAAGCCAGUAAAUCUACAAAGACAGCGUCGGUGACUACAGGCCUUGAAUUUUCUGAAGACUACAACCAUAUCAUCAAUAAAAAUAUGGGAUUUCAGCAAAGGGAAGGAAGUAAAAAAACCCAGUGGCGAGGAACUCGAGAUCACAGCCAAGAAAAUUAUGAUGAUUCAGAUUCCCAAGGGUACUAUGACUGUAAUCACAGACAUUUACAAAAGCGUUAUGAAUCACACUCCAGAGGAUCACAGGAAAGGUUGGCAGACAGGCAUCAGGAAGAAGGAUACAAAGGCAUUUCCAGAAGGAGCAACCUCAACUCUAAUUACCAGAGUCGUAGUCAGUCAUGCUAUCCAGGGUCCACAACUUGCACUGAAGAUGUGUGGAUAAACACAGAGAGACCAGGGCCAUCCUUAUACCGCCAUGGUGUUCCUGCUGGCGAGACAUCUUAUUACUGCUCCACUUCGCCUUCCUUCGAUGACACUGAGACGGAAUAUGAGACAUGGAGAAACCAUGAUAAUGACCUGCAGCCCUCCUCUACCCUGAAUAAGAUCACAUCCACUCUUCUGCAGCUAGUGGCACGCAAAGACUCAUUUUAGAAUAACUAUCAUUAGUUUCGACAUCUAUAUUUUUAAUGUUGUAAAUCAUAAAAAAAAUUAUUUCCCUUAGAGCUGCAGUUCCCCAGCUCUUGAGUUUUUAUGGUGUUUGUCUUAUUACAUCUAUGCCUUUUUCCAUUCUGUAUUGUUAAAGACUAAAUAAAACCCUGUA